CGUUCCUCCCCGCUCUGUCUGGGCACGGAGGGGGCGGGGCUAGGGCGGCUGUGGUACACGUGCGGGCAGCCCGGAGAACACAAACAGACAUAGCAAUGACCGGGAAUGGCGGAGACUCCGGGGAGCUGAGGACAGACAGCGGAUGUAUGGGGGGGAGGAUGAUCCGCCGGGCGCUGCCGCUCUAUUUCUGGCCCGAAGUGAAGGAGCUGUGUGUACUGGCCGGGCCUGUGUUCCUUUCUCAGAUUUUGGUAUAUUCCAUUAGCAUUGUGAGCUCAAUCUUCUGUGGUCAUUUGGGGAAGAUUGAACUGGACUCCGUAACACUUGCUGUAGCCGUUAUCAAUGUUACAGGGAUAUCUGUUGGCUCAGGUUUAUCCUCUGCUUGUGAUACACUCAUGUCUCAGACUUAUGGGGGGAAAAAUCUGAAGCGUGUGGGCACCGUUCUGCAGAGAGGAAUUCUCAUCCUAAUGCUUUGUUGCUUUCCAUGUUGGGCAAUAUUUAUUAAUACAGAGCAGGUGCUGCUGCUGUGCAGACAAAAUCCAGAUGUUGCCAGGUUAACCCAGCAAUAUGUGAUGAUUUUCAUCCCUGCUCUUCCUGCAGCUUUCCUUUUCCAGCUGCAGAUACGAUAUUUACAGAACCAGAAUAUAAUAUGGCCACAGGUUAUAACUGGUUUUGCAGUAAACCUCAUUAAUGCUGCUGUGAACGCCAUCUUUAUGUAUGGUUUUAAGCUUGGAGUUGAAGGAUCAGCUUGGGCAAACACAUUAUCUCAAUUUGCAAUGUCUGGUGUUCUAUUUGCCUAUAUUAUUAUAAAAAAGCUGCAUGUAUCAACUUGGGGAGGUUGGUCCAUGGACUGUUUACAGGAAUGGGGGUUAUUUAUGCGCUUGGCGAUCCCCAGCAUGCUCAUGGUGUGCAUCGAGUGGUGGAGCUUUGAGAUUGGAGGCUUUUUGGCAGGUGUUAUAAGUGUUGUUGAACUGGGUGCUCAAGCUAUAAUGCUGGAACUGGCCACAUCGGCUUAUAUGGUAGCAGUUGGAUUAUCUGUGGCAGCAAAUGUCAGAAUAGGGAAUGCGUUAGGAGCUGGGAAUGUGGAGCAAGCAAAAACCUCAUGUAAAGUUGUCCUUGUAUGCAUAGUGUUUUGCUCUUUAGUGUCUGGUAGUUUGCUGGCUGGACUGAAAGAUGUAAUUGCUUAUAUGUUUACCUCUGACAGAGAGAUUGUAACACUGGUUUCCAAUCUUAUGCUCAUCUUUGUUCCAUUUCACCUGUGUGAUGCUAUAGCUGGUACCUGUGCUGGUAUACUUCGAGGAACUGGAAAGCAAAAGAUUGGCGCUAUUACGAAUGCUGUUGGGUUUUACCUUGUAGGUUUACCCAUUGGAAUAACACUGAUGUUUGCAGCAAAACUUGGAGUAAUGGGUCUGUGGAUUGGAAUGAUCUUCCCUGUCUUUAUGCAAGCUUCCUUUUUUGUGGUCUACGUUCUACGUAUGAACUGGGAUAAAGUGAGUCAGGAGGCUCAGAUUCGAGCAGGAGUAAAAUCGGAGAAAAAAAAUCCUGUAUCCAGCACCUCAGCAGUGGAAUAUUCCAUCACCCAGUUUGACGCAGUUACAAAUGGUGACGUUCAGUCUUGCCAUACUGGCUAUUCUAUUGUGGAUCAGGAUUUUACAGGUGCAGUUAUUGUCCCAGAUAUUGGGUUCAGUCAUACAGAGCAUCUGGUGCUAGAAGAAGACUCAUCCCUAGAAGCUGUGAAUGUAGUGGGUGAAGCUCUCUCCACCAAGCAGCUAAUACUGCGAAGGGGACCGGUUGUGUUUUUAGCAGUGAUAAUGCUUCUAAUAGGAGUGAUAGUUCGACUUUUGACUGGCAAUGGAUAGGGGAAUGACUUGUUUACCUCCUACAUGAAACCCAUACACAGAACAGAGCCUAUGCUGGACUGUCUCAAAGAGUCAGGUCAUUGUGAUUACCAAAGGAUAGCUUGUUUAAAAAUAGUUCUCAUUUUUCAAGCUCUUCCAUCUUUCUAUGAAGAUGUGAGCUGGGAACACAUUUGAGGGACAAUACUGGUUCUAUUAUAAAAAAAAAAAAAAAAAAAAAAGGCUUUUCAAGUUACCUCAUACAUCUUUCAUUAGCUAGAACUGCUUUUUUUCCCCCAGAGUUCAUCCAUCUGUAAUUUGUCAUCACUGUAGUUUUGACAAGAGCUGUAAUCAGGUUUGCAGCUUAAAGCGCUAAACUAUGACAGUUACUAAAGUUAAUUAUUUAAGGAUAAGCUGAUAUCACUUCAUAAAAUGUCCUCUGCAGUGUACUUGUCUAGAUGAUAUGUAUACUCUCCCUAUCUUCCAUGUGAUUGGCUGCUGCUAAUUAAUAUGUAUUCUUCUGGAUAUAGAAAUGCAGAGCCUGUAAUUCAGCAAUCCACAAAAUCAAGUUUCAGAAUUCAGGGCUUUAUUUCUAAAUUGGUUCACUAAUCAUUCAUUUUGAUUCUGAUACCACAGGGUGGGUGCAUCACUUGCUCCUAUUCUGGUGGUUAUAUAAGGCCUUAUUCACACCUGUGUGCUUUCAUGUGCAUUUUACAGGGCAUAAAAAUGCAUGCGUCAUGAAAAUACAAUGUUUACAAUGAGGCUCCUCACAUCUGUGUGCUAUGUAGCAAAAAUUGAGACAUUCCAAUGUUUUAAGCAUUGAUCCACAAUUUUCUGGUCCAUUGAAUUACAUGGAAGCUCAUGAAAAAAUGCAUUGAAAAAAAAAACAUUUAAAAAGCACUAAAAACACAUAAUAAAUAUGAAACACAAGGAAAAAUGCAUGACAGUAGAAGUGGAGAGAUGUGUACCCAGCAAGUGCCUUUGUGUCAAGAUCUGAAGUGGAGUUGCACAUGGACUUAUAAUAACUAGAACAUGAACUCAUCUGUUGAAUCAGUACUUAAAUGUGAUACCAGUGGUAUGAAGAUGUCACAUGGUGACACUAGCCUUUAUUUUCAUUUUUUUUUUUCAGAAUUGUUAACUGUUUAAAGACACCAGGAAUUGUAUUUAAAAAUGAUCUUAUGUUGGUCUGUAAUAAAAAAAACAUGUCUGCUGUUUCCAUA